AUGCCGCUCCUUAGCGAUUUGGGCUUCCUGUGUACAAGCGAUCACUCUAAGUUCCUCAAAAAAUCUCUUCCUUUUCCGGAUUUGAAAUNAGAGACUUUGAAAGCUGUUUCCUUUGAAAUCCAGGACUGUGCCAGGCCAUUGUUAAGAAGUGUUGAAUAUACUACUGAUAUAAAUACAGCCUUCAAGGACGUCAAAGUUGCCAUUCUUCUUGAUGGAGCUAAGCCUUGCGAUAAAAUACAAGGUGCUAGAACUUUCAAACAACUAGGGGAAGCAAUAGAGUCCMAGGCUAGUAAGGAAGUAAAGGUUUUGGUGGCUGGUGGGGCAGCUUGUUUAAACACCUACAUUGUUAGCAAGUAUGCACCAUCCAUUCCAAAAAAUCAAUUCUGUGCCCUCUCAAGAACAGAGGAAAACAAAGCCAAAGGUCUACUAGCCAGAAAGUUAGAAGUAAAUUCAGCUGGAAUAAAAGAUGUAAUAAUUUGGGGGGAUCCUGGUUUCAAUCAAAUCCCCGAUGCUUCCCAUGCCAGAGUCCAUGGCUAUGAUGGUGCCAUUUGGGGACCACAUGUUCCAGGGUUUACUAGAUCUGUAUCAGAAAUGGUCCAUGACGACAAGUGGUUGGCUGGUGAGUUUGUUGAAUCAUUGAAGAAAACACAGGAAAAUGUCAAAAUGGCAUUACUGUCAAGUGCAGCACUAAUGACACAGCUCCGAGACUGGUGGAAUGGCACUACAACAUCUGAAAUKUGGUCUCUUGGGGUGAUUUCUGARGGCUGGUAUGGAGUGCCUGAAGGAGUUGUUUUCUCGUUCCCUGUAAARUUUGAUCAAGGACAGUGGAYUGUWGUCGAUGGAUUACUUGAAACAGAAGCACAACACUCUGUCAUUCAGGAACUUGGAAAAGCUAUAGAUGCAGACAAUAAAGAAGUAUUAUCAAAACUUGAAGAAUGAAGUUUAGAUGUUCACUGAAAAGUGUCAAUUCAGAUAAUCUUUUCAGAAUUUAUUGUACAAAUAAUUCAAGGCCCCUGUCUCUAUUUGUAGUUAUUAUGGAGUUAUUAAAAAUAAGCACAAAAAUGAAUAGAAUUAAUAAACGAUUGUAUGGGCGUAACAUUUAU